UUUGGGUUGCUCGCUCAGACGGAAUUACUUGGAUAACCCUAUUUUGUGAGAAGGAUCGUCCUCCGUUGUCUCGUCGCUUGAAUGUCAAUAGUUAUGUUAUUAAUUAUUAGAAGAUGACCACUUUUGUUGCCUAAACUCUAGAGAAAAAUGGCUGAUACUGUGUUUAAAGCGCCCAGAGCUUUCAAGAAAAGCCCCAAAAGUGAAGAUGAAGAUGUCUAUGCUACUAGCCCAAAGAGACCCCGAACCUCAGAAGACUUUUACCUGUUCUGCAAAUACAUUCUGGAGUAUGAAGAUUAUGAGAACCAGAAAUCACAAGAUGAGUUGCGGGAGAAGGCUGGUAGUCCCAUAGGCAGCACAGGCAGUGGUGCUGACAGCAUCAAAUCUGAGUCAGCAUCAAGUAUGCAAGAUGAUCGGAAGAGCUCAGAUGAUGCAGGCACUUCAGAUGAUGACUCCUAUGAUGUAAUUACCUGUUAUUGCUCCAAGCCCUUUGCUGGAAGAGCAAUGAUUGAGUGCAACGAGUGUUUGACUUGGAUUCACCUAUCGUGUGCUAAAAUCAAGAAGCGCAACAUACCUGAGAUUUUUAUUUGUGUAAAGUGUACAAACAAACCAAAACAAACUUCUGAGGAGAACACACACCUCAGUUACAGAUCAAAGAAGCGGAUAACGGUUUGAUGGGAACUAUUGUGAUGUGGCAGAUGUGUGAUUAACUAGAUGUAUAUCAUUUGGUUCAUAUAUAUAUAUAUAUUUUCAAAAGACUUUUAUAUGCAUAUAUAUAUAUAUGAGUGUGUGUGUAUGUGAGUUUAUGUACAGUCUUACCUACAUGUUUAUUGAUAACUUACAUCUGUGUGUACUUGUGUUUGUUGUGGAUUUGCUCUUUAGUUUGACGUCUCUGAAGUUCGCUCUAUUUAGGUGGCUUAACACAGCUUUCAUUGUGUCUAUUAUUGCUCACAAAGCAAGUCUUGUUGAAGUACUACUGUUGCUUUAUGCUAUCUUAUUCUUUAAAGAAAAUUCUGUGUUAUGUGGGAGAUGCAAUCUAAUUAAGAUGGCAUGUUUUUACAACUUCCUCUUUCUUUAAAGCUGCUCUAUCAAUUUUAUUCUAUGAUAUUCAUGUUUUGCAAAUUGACGUGGGUUACUCCUGCCACAAAUCAGAUUUAUCUAACAGGUGGAAAGAGCGAAUUUGUGUAAAGUUUUUCUUAAAUUUUAUGAUUGUUUUACUUUACUCUAAGGAAAAAUGUGUGCAUAAGAAUAUGCUGAUGAAGGAAGUGACUGACAAAUGUUACCAAACACUAGGUAAGAAUGUUAGCUGCUAAUUAGCCCUGUAUUUCUAAUGCAACAUGAAACUCUCAAAUGGAGAUUUGGAGGUUGUGAUAAAAGUUUUCUGAGCAAGUGUCUUUCUUUUUUUCAAAUGCUGAUAAGACGAGAAGUUGAGAUAAAACAUUCAGUGGCUUUUAUUGCUUGAUCUGCUAAAAUUUUCAUUUUAUCAAAUUUUAUUUCCGUUGUUGUAAGUUAACUUCUCAUUUUUUUUGUUUUUUCCUCUGUUGACCAAUGGCUACAUUUCUGCUGUUAAGAUUUCAUUUUUCAAGGAUGUGAUACCAUAGAUAGGGCUCAACGGAACAAGGUAUUAGAUUCUUAGGUGUGGACUUAGGUCUGUCAUAUGCCUGUGACUUCCUCAUGGCAGAAAUGUAUUUUACGUUCAUGGAUUACUAUUUUUCUUUGUUUUUAUCAUUUCAAAGUUUUGUGAUUUUGUCCUCUCCAUUAAAUUUUCAUUUAAUCUUAGAGUAUUAGUUUGAGUUUUAUAGUAAUCAUGUGAGCUUCAGUGCCACCUUAAUCGUCUGAGCUUUGAAUGAUUGAAAGGCAUUUGCCAAUGUAGAGUUUUCUGUUUACAAGUUUGCUCUAAAUUUGUCUAACUAUCAGCAAUUUUUGAAGGACAUGAGAAAUCUGUCUGAAAUGAGAAGUUAUGAGACUCUCAAAUUAAUUUGUGACUUUGAGUUCAAUUAUGAAGUAUGUAUUUUUGAUCUGAGGGAUCCUGUGCCAUAAGUUGACUUGAAACUCAAUAGAAAUUUCAUGUGAUAAUGUCUUCAGGGCUGUGAGCUGGUCCCUAAGUUACUCAAUUUUAUUGUUUCCAUUAAAAACAUUAAAGCCAUUAUGGAAUAAGCUUUCUGCUUGUUUUGUCCAGUUUUUUUUUUUUUUUUAAAUUUUGUGGAGAUGACCAAAUUUGUAGUGGGGUGGGUACGUUCAUUGACACAGUACAUUAGUACCCUUUGUAUGCUCUGUGAAUGUACCCAGUUUCUGCUGAUGCAAAAUUAAUGUUUUAUUGAUUUCUAACUAACUUAUGCUGAGUACUAAAGAUCAUAGUUAAGUGCAUCACUUCAUUUUAUAUAUUGGUAAUACUUGAGUUAGUGUAUUUUAACUAUCAUUACUCUGGCCAUUUUAAUAAGCGAUCUCACUGGUUAAUUAUUUCUCGCUUCUUUGUGCUGCAAUAGAUUUUUUUCAUCAAACUAUUAUUACUGCACAUGGCAUUCUCAUCACUUCCUGCACAUUUUGAUGUGGACUCUCUGCUCCAUUGACUCAGAUUUUAUUUCAUUGAAUUACUACUGGAGGAUUACUUCCACUGUGCUGUCUUCUUCUUGAGUCUAUACCUAAUGAAAUUGUACUAGUCUGUUUAGGAGCGUGAGUUCUUUGCCAUAGUGCCUAAUAUGUUAGCACUCCAGUGAGUAAAGAGUAUUUUGUUGUAGCAAUGUACAAAUUUGUUUAUUAAAAGUUCAUCAUGAAUUUGUAAUGUUUUAAUCUUAGCGUCUUCCAUAAGCUUGAUUAAUUCUUUUGUAUAAUAUGUUUAAUAUGUCUGUCAAAAUAAAAUUUACUCUUCAAAUUUA